GAGAGAGAGAGAGAGAGAGAGAGAGAGAGAUCAGUAAUGGAGUGUUGUCUCCGUUUGCUUCUAUUUCUCUCUUUCUCUCUCUUAUUAUUCUCUGUGCGUCUGUGACUCUAUUCUUAUGUAUUCCUUUGUUAAAACUCAAAAGAUCGAGAUAAAGAUGCUUCACUUUGUUUGUUUGAUCCGUAGGGUGAUGGGACAAAAGGGUUUUGCUUUUUGCCACGGUCAUGGAUUCUUGGACUGGUAGCCUAUAAACUGAUGGUUAUGCAUGAAGAAUGUUUGGAAGGGAAAUUUCAUUAUAUUGAAAGACUAAGGGAAGCCAAUCAGCAGAAAGCUGCUGUUCAUCAUGUCAGACAGGGUGAUGGGGCAAAAGGGUUUUGCUUUUUGCCACGGUCAUGGAUUCUUGAACUGGUAGCCUAUAAACUGAUGGUUAUGCAUAAAGAAUGUUUGGAAGGGAAAUUUCAUUCUAUUGAAAGACGAAGGGAAGCCAAUCAGCAGAAAGCUGCUGUUCAUCAUGUCAGACAGGAACAAGUUGAGGAGACCUAUAUAAUGGUGAAACCUGAUGCUGGGCAACGUGGACUCUGUAAGCUUUACUUUAAUUUGUUUGUUAUUCUUAACAAACCUAUGUCAAAUUUGGUUGCUGAGAUAGGGUAAAAUUCUAAGACUACAUUGUUCGUGACCUGAGAAGACAAAAACCUCUAAUAAAGUGAGG